AUGGCCGAUGAAGACCUCUCCCUCACAGCUCCAACCCCUCCGGCAACUCCCUCGGCCCAUUUCUACCCUUUCGCAACAUCUCCAGAUAUCAUCCGCUCCCACGAGAAGGAUGCCUUCCUCACAGCCGGUCUGGUUAGCCAAGCACAGUCUAUAAUUCGGGCUCUUCGCGGUGCCCGGUUCGCCCAUACGCAUUCAGAAUCCAUCAAAAACCUGACCGAGCUCCUUUACUUUUCACUCACCACGCUGAUCGGGAACCGAACCCUCGGGGAGGAGUAUUGCGACCUCGUUCAGCUUGAGGAUGAUACACUUCAGCUUCCAUCACUGUCCAGGCGAGUAGGAUAUAUUCUAAGCAUGAUUCUUGUACCAUGGACGCUACAGCGUAUCCUCCCGGCCUUUCGACAACGUCUUCGCAUGAAGCUGGAACGAAGCAUUGUCCGGUUGCAAUUAAAGGCGCAGCAAACAAAAGAGACACUGGAAUUCUCACCAAAGAAGAACGCUUCAAAGAAACCAUCACUUUUUUCAAAACUCCGCAUUCAGAAAUAUAUUCUAGAACACCUUGACUCGAUUACAUCGCUGUCUCCUAUCUAUGCUCUCAGCAUCACAACUUUCUAUUUUACGGGCUCAUAUUAUCAUCUGUCAAAGCGAUUCUGGGGUCUUCGUUACGUCUUUACCAAGAGGUUAGAGGAGAACCAGCAACGAGUGGGAUACGAGGUCUUGGGAGUUCUACUUGUCCUGCAAAUCGCAGUACAGAGUAUACUUCACAUUCGGAAGGUUACCGCUAGUCUACAGCAAGAGGACCAAGGCAUUCAAUCGGAGGUGACUGGAAGCGCUGGUCAGGACGAUACGUUAGUUCGAUCGAUUGAAAACCCCUCUUCGCUUCCUCUCCUACCCGCCUCGAGUGCUCGGUAUGAUCUUUCGGAGAACCCGCAAGCAAUCCCUUGGAUUCCAGCAGGACAACAAAGCAAAUGCACGCUUUGUCUGGAAUCUUUCAAGGACCCAAGUGUCACCACAUGUGGUCAUGUAUUUUGCUGGACCUGUGUUCGCGACUGGGUCCGCGAGAAGCCAGAAUGCCCUCUUUGUCGACAGGAAGUUUUGGCAUCGAAAGUCCUGCCUUUACGAGGCUAG